UGGGCGUGCAGUGCUUUCGCGAAGUCUGCAGUCGUCUUCUUUUGGCUUUCUCUUUUCCAGUUCUCCUCAUCCUACACAUGUCAGGCUAGAGCUGAGCCAUUUCUGGAAGCAAGGCAGGCAAUGUUGGUCUGAGCCACGUGACUGCUGAGAUGCUGUGGAGAUGCUGGAAGAGCGGGUCCUGCUGGGGAGGAAGAGAGGGUACCAGAGUCAGACAUCUGCUGCUGGGGGAAAACCCCUGCCUAUUCCAUGACGUACAUGUGGAGUGCCCAUUUAAAUACUAGAUCUGAACAGCAAAAAUGCAAAGACAUCUCUCCCACCCACAGUGAACCUCCGGUUGCUACUCCUACAACACUAGCUGCCUCAGCUGCUCUGGAGGGAAGAAUGGAGGCCAGAAGACAGGCUGAGAUGACCCUCUAGCUCCAUUCUGGUGACCCAUCCCCUUAAAUGGGAUUGAGGCAGAGAAGAAAGAAGAGAUUUGCUGAAGAACACAGCAGGAGUCAGUGGCAAAGAGGGAGCCUUCUGGAGAGGGAGAGACCGGUAGACACCAUAAAUCAGACAACGAACCAUUGGAUGGAUCCUAGAUGUAAAACAGUAGAUCCAGACAAGGAUCUUGUGGACUGGCACAGACCACUUCUAUGGCAGGUGGGUCACCUGGGGGAGAAAUAUGAUGAGUGGGUGCAUCAACCUGUGGAUCGACCCAUCCGUUUAUUCCACUCAGAUAUCAUAGAGUCCUUCUCAAAAACAGCCUGGUAUAUAGUUAUUGUGGUUUGGAUGCCUGUAGUCCUGUAUGUCAGCUGGCUCUGCUACACUUCUCUUGGUCAGGGAAACACCAGGCUCUUCUCUUCUUUGACAUCAGAGUAUUCCAUUCCUGUCCACAAAUACUGUUUCCCAUUCCUCUUCAUCCUGGGAAUGGGCCUGUGGUCCUUAGUGGAGUAUGUCAUCCAUCGCUUUGUCUUCCACAUGAAUCCACCUGCUAGCAACUAUUAUCUCAUCACACUGCAUUUCUUGUUGCAUGGCCAGCAUCAUAAGUCACCAUUUGACAGAUCCCGCCUGGUCUUCCCUCCUCUGCCAGCAUCACUGGUAAUUGGGUUUCUCUACUGUUGCCUCCUUUUGAUCCUGCCUUGGGCAGUGGGGCUCUCCUUGUUUGCUGGGGGGCUGUUUGGUUACGUCGCCUAUGAUAUGACUCAUUACUACCUGCACUACGGAUCACCAAAGAAAGGCAGCUACCUGUAUGGACUGAAGACCUAUCAUGUGAAGCACCACUUUGAACAUCAGAAAUUAGAGGUGUUGAUCAAGAUCAAGAGAGUUUUGUCUUGGCCAGAACCUGGGAUCCCCUUACCCAGACAUGGCUUUGGCAUCACAACCAAGUUUUGGGAUCGUCCAUUUCAAACACUAAUCCCAGAGGAAACCUUUGAGAAAGAAGAUUAACCACCCUGCUCUAUGUUUGGCAUCUGGUUCCCACAGCUCUAGUGCACUGGUCUUCCUUCUUUCCUUCCUUCCUUUCAUCCUUCUUGCAGUCUGAAUGGCUAUCCAGACUACAGAGGGAGCUGUCAGCACUGCAGAGCUGUAUGAGAGGGAUUUGAAGCCUAUUUGCUUAUGAAGAGUGUGUGCAUGUGGGCAGGGGAGUGGGUCCUGUCCAAUGUUGGCUUUUGUGGGCCUGCUUACGCUACCUCAUGUCAGGCCCAUGGCAGUAGUACAGCUUGCUGGCUAAGAAGCGCUGUAUUUACUCAGAGGAAUCUGCAAAGCAGUCUCAGACAGGUGCCUGAAAGGCAACCAUGCCAUUUGCUUUGAAGUUACCUGGUUUUUGCAGGGACCAACACAAGAAAGGAAGCACCUGGAGGGGCUGCUUUGCAAAUGCAGUGGGUUACUUUGGUCUGAGCACUUCAGCAAGUGUACGAGGGGAGAGCAGUGCAUGUACUGGUGGGAUGAGAAAAACAACACAGCCGAGGGCUGCAUCUGCAAUUCCCAGGAAGCUACCGUGUGUGCAGUGGAGGAGAGAACCCAUUUACCACACAGAGCUGCGAUGUAUGGAAACUUCAAAUCUGAUCCUGCAGAGCCCUGUCUUCUGAGCUGAUGUCCUGCUACAUAGUGCUGAUCAGGUAGAGGUGGAGCUGUGUGUGCUGGGACCUAUAGUCUCUCUGGACCAGACUUUUCUAUCCAAGGUGGGGAAAGAAGGACAGGGGCACUUUGGGGAAACUUGGCAGGUAACCAGAUGCAGCCUAUUGGUUGUUCAGGAGCCUUUGCCUGUCCAGAAAGUCCUUGAAGUAGUUGGAAGAGUAUGGACACUAUCUCUUCAAAAUCCCAUAAUUAGUCCUGCUUCUGGGGCUUUUAUUAAAAAUACGGGAAAACACACUGAAAAAUGGGGACUUGUCACAUCACCCUUAUGAUGCUAUGCUCUGCAGUGGAUCACCCAGCUAGGGAUUUGAAGCUGUGUAUGAAUGUGGUGGCAAUGGUACUGCAGUUACAUGCUGCCCUUGGCCCCCAGUGCCUUAGACAUGCAGAGAGAACCUCCUUCCCUACCAAAGAGCCCAUGCUGCUGAUACAGAUUUCUUGUUUUUAGUGACUCUUGUGCAGAUCCCCAUCUCUCCCAGACUAGUCUGUUGGGCUGGUUCUUGCCUCUCAUCAUGUCCAAGAUCAUACAUAAACCAUGGCACUGAUAAAAACCAUCACUCUGCCAGUCCUUACAGGGUGCUGCCUGCUCUGUGCAUGAUAGCCCAUCCAAGCAUCCUAUGCCACCCCAGAUCCUGCAGGCUGCCCCUGGUCAUGACUUAGUUGUAUCUAGUGUGUUUCUGCAACAGAUACAGAAUGGGCAUAGGGGCUAGUGCAGCUGACCUGGUGUUGGAUCUCCUCCAGCACAGCAGGAUGUUGGAAGUGGAGGUGUGCUGAAUCUGGAGCCGCAUCACUCCCCUGUACCCAGACCCCAGUGCACAGAGGGACACAGGAGCUUGGGUUGCUGCUUCUUUCUGUCCUUCCUGGCUUGGGGCUGUGCCCCUCACUUCUUUUGCUUUAUAAGAAAAAAAAAUGCUUCAAACUCCUGAGAACUCAAUAGUCCCUUUGCAGCAACGGUUCCUGCCAUUGGAGAACUGGGCCGGGGCUUCCUGACACAGCAUAUUCCAAGCCCGCAGAGCAGAACGUUUUGGCAGUUAUAAUGGCAUGCAAGUCAGGGGUUCUUGCCAGUGCAUCUCUCACGGUUAGAGACCCCGCCUCUUCACAUCCCUGAAAGGCCCAGCUGUGCUGACAAAAUCCUGUAGCACAAACCCUGCUUCUUCCUGUGCAAGGCAGUGGUCCCUAAAUGCUGCAUGCGGUGGGUGGUGUCUACUGCAACACUAGGUGGGCUGGGGGAGAGGAGGAGGACUCUGGCAUCUGCCAUGGCCCAAACUCCUUCUUUCUGUCAACAUGCUUUGCUCAGGGAAGAAGUAAACGAUGUCUGAUCUCAUUCCCACCACGCCAGAUGCCGGCUGCUUAUCCUUGGGUGCAACCAGAACAAAGGAAUUUGGUGUUCACACUAACCAGGAUGGUGCUACAGUGAAUGGAGCCCAGGAGUCUGCUGGGAGCAGAAUCUAUUUAGUGGAGUUUACCAGUUGUAUCAGCUUUUGGGGUUGUCCUCUGGGCUUCAGAAUGACUAUGCCCUUUUUCUGGCGGCUUCUUGAGGCUGACAGAUUCCAGGGCCUGGUUCAUUCCCAGGCCCUAAUGCAAGAGGGCCUGGUAUACAGAGCAAGAAGAUACAGCACUGGAAUGAGCUAUCGGGGAUGGGAAUACCAUGACCUUCUGCCUCCAUUUUCCCUGCACUUGAGCUUGGUUCCUGGUGCCAAAUGCUGAACUCAAAAGCAGAGGGAACACGGCAGGGAUUUAAGAUUCCCCAAGGGCCAGUCAGUCUGGUGGAACAGCUCUGAACUCACCAGUCCCCUUGCGCAAGAGGUAAAUUAUGCUGCUGCUUUGUAAUUUCUUUCUUUCCCUGGACUCUUCUUUGCUAUCUGAGUGGCUGCUUUGUCAGCUCUUUUCCUGAAGGUGGGUGGAGUAAACAGAAGGUGAUCCUAGGGGUGAGCUAUCUGGCCUAAAGCAGGGGAUGGUGACUGCAGCUUUGCUAGCUAGACAAGGAUGUCUUGGAACACGUUCUACAUACCUGGACUUGUCUUUAGCAUGCUGCUCUGCAUGAAUCCCUUGCUGCCUAAUGAAGAAUCACCUGGCUUCAUCCUUCUUCUGUGGCCCUGGUGUUUCAGUCACAAAGAUGCCCUGUGCUUUGUUUGCAAAUGCUUCGGUGACCAUAUAAUGCUGCUGGCCACAUGUCAACUGGACUACAUGUGGGUGGGGUCUAGCAGCUGUUUUGGGGCCUGAUGUUUAGUAGCUGGUGUCUGAUACUGCUGCUUCCUUUCUUCAUAUCGUGCCACUGAUAAAUGGGCUUGGCAGCACAGCAGCCACCCAGUAGAUGAAGUGCCAGAUGUCCCCUGCCUUCAGCCGUUCCUCCUCUUUCCAUUCCUGUGGUCCCCCUUGGGUGACUGUGGUGCUGCUGGAGGCCUACUUCCUCACCUGCUAUUCCCUGCAACACUAGACAUCCCUCUGCCAUUCCCCUUCCUCUUAUGCCUCAGUGCCUUCCUCCUGAACUCAUCUCCAUAUGCUGCAAUUCCUUUUCAAAUUCUGGCCAUCACUCCAUGACACAAAAUGAGCGUGUCACAGGCAGACCCAGUAACAACUCGUGUGCAACUAUUCAAUGUAUAUGUAUAUGGGAUGUACAUGUUUAUGUACAUGUACAACAUGUAUAUGUACAUAUAUAUGUACAUCUCCUUUAUGGGCCGGCUGCACUUGAGCUGUUACUGGGCCUGUCUGUGGCGCGCUCAUUUUAUGUCAUGGAGUCAUGUGUAUAUACCAGUCAGAUGCAGUCCUAAGGCGUCCUAUGGACUUCAGUGGGAAGACUCUGGGCCAUUAUUUUCAAAGAUUGCCACAUGAUGCUUUUCCUCAUGUUAAAAUCCCUACCUAAAAUGUGGAAGAUGCUACUAAUGCAGUUGCCAUAAAACCUGCAAAUGAUUAAGCCCAGAACAAUAGACAGGAGGUGUGCCUUUUUUAUGCCCUCACCCCCUUAUUGUGAAACUGGCCAUAGCAGCCUGUGCUGUACUUGGCACUCCUUUCCCUUUCCCCAAGCCAUGAUUCAUAUUGCACUUCUGCAAUUAAGUAAGAUUUUAUCUCCAGUCAUUUUAAAAACCAAACCCUCCUCACCCUACACUGCUUCCAAUGUGGGUGUGUCUGAGGCACCCAACUGAGUUGGGAAGGAAAGAGGAGGAAUCGGGUCUUUCAGGCUUCUGUCUAGCCUUUUUCUAACCCAGUGUACACUAUUGCUUUGCCAGAUUUACUGUGUUAAUUGUAGGCAAUAGCCACUUGAAACCUAAACUUCAAUGACCAUAAUUGCUAAGAAAUGCCUUUUUCUCGAUCUUGUGACCUCCCUCCUCCCCCUGAUGUUUACUUCAUAUAUUUAAAAGUUUGGAAUAAAGUUUAUAUGUAAAGAUGUAAACAUGACAAUUUAUAAAUAUAUUAAACUAUUUCUCAGAUGUGUAGAAAA